UUUCUUUUCUUUUUUUUCCCGCUUUCUGAAACUUUCCUGGAUUGCACUCGCGCUUCGUAUCGAGGGUAAACAUGGCGUCUUGACUGUCGUCUGCGAAGGAUCGCUGGUCGUGUGCUCCACCAAACUCUUUCAACGUCUUUCGCCACAAAUAACAAGCUAGAUCGACGCCAUGAAGCUGUUACUGCCCCUGCUGUGGUGUUUCUUCGUCCCAAUGGGGGUCCACUCCAUCCACUUUCGUCGGAAAACAGCGCGGCUACAACAACAACACGCCGCGGCCAUCAACUCGGUCGUGGAAAGCAUCAACUCGCUCGGCAUCAGGCUGCUCCAAACAGCGGGCGACCGCAAUAUGCUGCUUUCACCACUCAGCCUGAACGUUGUGCUCAACAUGGUGCUUUUGGGAGCACGAGGUCGCACGGCCUACCAAAUGUCUUCCCAGCUGAAUCAUCCCGACAAAAAGGGCUUGAGCGAGCUCCUCAAGGACAUGACAUCCACCAGAGGCAAUAAGAGGGCCUCGUCUUUGGACAUGGCUUCAGCUAUGCUCAUCGAACAGGGCGCGCCGUACAACGAAAGCUACCACAGGGAGAUUGAAGACUUGUUUGACGCCAACCUGGGAGUCACUCAGUUUGCACAGAAUCCCGACGAGAUCGUGAAGGAAGUGAACGCGUGGGCGAACCACAAGACGCGGGGUAGGAUCGAUAAAUUCCUGCAGCAGGCACCUGACGCGGCAACAAAGAUGCUUGUCUUGAACGCCAUGUACUUCAAGGGCAACUGGAAAACUCAGUUCGACCCCGAGUUCACGGAGAAGCGCACCUUCCACAACCUCGACGGUACAAAGUCCAGUGUGCCGAUGAUGUUUCUCAUUCAUGGAUUUGAGCUCGGCUACGACGCCGCCCUGGACGUGGACGUGCUUAAGCUUCCUUACGCAGAUGACCACUUUAGCAUGAUUCUGGUGGUGCCCAGGAACCGUCAGAACAGCAUCGGAGCAGUUGUCCAAGGUCUGAGCACAAGUAAGCUGAAUUCCAUGCUUCGAAACCUGGAUACACAAAACGUCGAGCUGACAAUGCCUAAGCUGAACGUUGACCAGUUGCUUAAACUGCGCGGAUCUUUGGAGCAACUUGGCCUUAAGGUGCCGUUCUCUGAGUCAGCGAACUUCAGCGGAAUCAGUGAAAAAUUGGAUCUGAGACUGAACGAAGUGAUGCACAAGGCCGCGCUGGAUGUCGACGAGGAAGGUACUCGGGCUGUGGCCGCCACACAAGCACAGUUUGUUUCCAAGUCGCUAGUGCAGUUUACACAGUUCACGGUUGAUCACCCCUUCUUAGCAUUCAUCCGCCACGAGAAGUCUGGUGCUAUCGUGUUUCUGGCGCAUAUUGUUUCUAUGGAUGCGUGAGAAGGGUCUCCAGGCAUAUAACUGAAGUUUCAGCAUGUUGAAGCGGGUUUAGACCAUUGCCAUGUGGAUGUGUAGUUGUUAAGUACACAGUGUUGACUUGCUUUAAUUCGAACUUAUAAGAGGUAAGGCAGAAGGAAAUCUAGGGUUCUGUUGUUUUUUGACAGGUUUGAGAAAUUAGUGACUGAGAAAAGUUCUUUUGAGCGUGCUACUGGGUGUGCACACUAAGCAAGCCUCUAUGUGCUCCAUUGACACAUGUGCAGAGCGCCUAUCGAUGCUACCUUACUAAGUAUACAAACGUGCUUGGAAUAUAUAUUUGUGAAAUAAUUUGUUUUUGUUUACGUCUAAGUGCAUGCGAUAUUUGCGACCUUUAGUGAAGAUUAUAUGAGUCGACAUAAGUUGUAAAACGUAAAAGUUAUUCUGAUUGGGAAUUCAUGAGUACUGGCUUUAACAUCUUCUCAUCCUAAGUAAAGAUGUAUACAUUUUUGUUAGAGAUAUACGUUUACUAAAGCCAAAGCUGAAAAUGAGGACUGCAAAAAACUUACUUCUUUGGGGGACAAGUGUAAUAAGUUAUAUGCUGGUACUGACUUGCAGAAAGACGCUGACCAGCUCCAGCUUUAGAGCCCUAAAAAUAUUUUUUUUCCGUAGGUGUGCUUUCAUGCUAAUAUACACACCUAGCGUCCCAAAACUGAUGUAUUUAUCAAAGAGUAUAAUGUAUAUCUGUUUGACUGAAAUUUACUGUGUGCUGCAGGUAUGACAUAAUCGUUUUGGACGAUUCUUUGGAGAAAACCAAAGCUCGCGUGCAACCAAAUAACCGGUGCACAUGUACCAACCGCAAGGUUUCAUGAAAUGUUCGUAUGAUCUUAAUAUAUUCAGGAUUUUGAAUAGUGCUACUGUGUUUCCGAUUAAAGUUUUGUUGGCAUGGCUUAUGCCUUACGGUUAUAGGCCCAUUAUCACCCGGGCACUGCGAACACUGCGGUCAUAUGCACCGUUUGUUAAAUAUGCUUUUUACAUUCAUGAAAAUUCCCGAACGUUAACCUAUAUUACAGAAGGUAUGUAUAUUUCAGGAAUAAAGUUAUAUCGAUCAUACUUUUUUUUUGGCUUUCGCCGUUGAAA